AUGCUGACUCCCGACAUGAGACAGGAACUAAAGCAGGUGACGGGUGGUCUCCAGACCCUCCUGCGGAACCAUCACCAGGCCUUUUUAGGUGGGUUUUCGCUUCGGCAAUAGCUUUAAGUUUUGACUUCGCUGACCCCCCACUCAUGCCGCGCUUUGUUUCGAUGUAGUUACAAAGAACGCGGUAACUCUUCGCUUCGAUGCCUAUCGCCUUGUCCACUCCGCCAGGGAGGGAGAGAAGACGCGAGAACCUGCUGCACAUGCGGGCGAGCUCUUUAAAACCAAGAGGUGUUGGAUGGAAACAAAUCAUCCGGAUGGUUGCCCCUAUCCCCCGGAGAUCUGUAACUUUGCUCAUUCAUUCGAAAACUUGCGACUCCCACCCACAGAUUUUAUGUCUAAAAAGGCAAGAAGGAAGUAA